AUGUUUUAUCGGACUUCAGAGGCUCCUCAAAAGGCAUCUAAGCCGCCUGGCGGCACCUCCUCACCCGUGCCCAGGUCGCACCGUGGCAAGGCAGGGGGUGCUCCCAAGGGCUCUAGUGCGGCAGCGGGAGAAGCAAGGGCGGCAGGGGAAGGAGGAGGGGGAGGGACGCUGUGCGAGUUGGAACAGCACGUGCUGCCGUGGCGUGUGGACGACAUCUGCAACGACCGCCUCCUCUCCACCCUCGUGCGGCCCAUCCCCACCACCUUCACCAACAUACCCACCUACCUCGCUGCGUUCCGCUGGCCGCUCAUCGACGAGUGCCGCGCCUCCCUCAAGCGAGCCCUGCUCGACCUCCCUCCCGCCUGCUCCCUCCCUGUCAUUGUGCGCGCUCUCACGCGCGUGGAGCGGGGACCAGUGAGUGACUCGAGUGGGGGGGUGGAUACCACUGCUUGUUUAUGCUACGUGGACUUGGAGGUGUGCCGCGCGGUUGGGAUCGGUGAGGCGGGUGGGAUCGGUGAGGCGGGUGCAGCAGGUCAGCGUGUGGAUGGCAGUGGGCCAGAGCUAAAGCCCACUCACGUGCUGCUGCUGUCCUCUGCGCCCCCCUCUCGCCCACCCGCGCUGCUCUCCCGGGGAGUGCUGCACUGCCUGGCACUGCUCGUGAAGCCACGAGGGGGGGCCCUGCGCGGCAAGCUGGUGGCUCGUGAGGGCUCGCGUGAGUACAGCACGCUUACAGCAGCAGUGAAAGCGGCAGCGGAGGGCGGUGAGCAGGCGAGUGCAAUGGCAGUGCGGUGGUAUGCCACCCCGGUGGGCUGCCUGGCCACGCCCCUGCGCGUGUGGGCAGCGCUGCAGGGAGGGGAGCAGCAGGGCGAGGAGGGGGCGAGGCGGAGGAGGAUGCUGAGGGCCCUGCUGUGCUCCAAGGAGAGGCAGGCUGGAGCACAGCAGCACGGGAGGCCCAAGGCUGGAGCGAGGAGAGCAGGAACGGAGUGGGGAGAGCUGGUGCAAGGGCCGCCGGGCACAGGCAAGACGCACAUGCUGUCGGUGCUGCUGUGGGCGGUGCUGUCUCUGGGCGUGCGCACGCUCGUCUGUGCGCCCACCAAUGUGGCAGCCGCCGAGGUGGCCCGCCGCAUGCUGCGCCUUGCUCUCGCCGCUGACCCACCCCUGCUCCUUCCACAGCGCUUCUGCCAACCACAGCGCGCCCAGGGCAGGGGUGGCGUGGCCGCGGCAGGGGCAGGGGGAGGGGCAGGGGACGAUGCAGGGGCAGGGGACGAUGCAGGGGCAGGGGCAGGGGCAUGGGCAGGGGCGCGUGGGGAGCGAGUGCAGGUGGGGGACAUGGUGCUGUUGGCGAACGAGGAACGGGUGGACGUGGAUAGCGAGCUCUGCUUGCUCUUUCUCGGCCGCCAGGAUGGCAGCGGUGGCGCUCGCAGGGGGCGGGUGUGGCGGCUGCAAGCGGCGCUGAGUGGGCUGACCGGGUGGAGAGGCGCGUUCAGCGCUCUCUUGGGCGUGCUGCAGUGCACCGGCGAGCAGCUGCGCUUGGAGUAUGAGGAGCAGGAGGAGGAGGAGCGUGAGGCGCAUUCCGCAGCCAAAGAGGAGAAGACUGGAGGGGGUGGUGGAGGGCAGUGCUGUGGGGAUGGCAAGGCGGAGAGCAGCGGUGGCAGGAGGCGUGAGGCUGCUGACCUGCUGAGCUUCUUUCGAGAGCGAGUGGGGAAGCUGGUGAAGCAGGCGAGGGAUGCAGCUGCCACUCUGGCCCAGGACCUGCCGUCCUCCCUCCUGCCGGCACACCACCGCACGCUGCUGCUGCAGGCUGCUGAGCUCUUGCCUGCACUGCUGCACGUUCUGGCGUGGCCUGGGCUAACGCCUGCUGACGUCCUGCAGUGGCUGGAUGGCGGGACGAGGAGGACUGCGAGGCAGGAGAGUAAGGGGAUGCGAGCAGUGCUGCAGGAGGCUGCAGUGCUGGCGGGGCUGCCUCGUGGGAGUGGUGGGGCCAGCAGCGAUGGCAGGGGGAAGAAUCCUCGGAGGAACACAAGGCUCUUCCAUGGCAUCCGCCACCACCUGCAAAGAAUCCACGCAGCCAGCCCGGCCUUCGAUCUCCCCGGGCUCAGCAGCAGCAGCCCAUCGUGGGAGAGCAUAGCGGAAGCAUGUGUGAAGGGCGCGCUCCUGGUUCUCUCAACCGUGUCAUCGUCUGCGCGCUCUCUCAUCCGCCUCUCGGGCGCCUUCCCCCUGCUGCUGCUGGACGAGGCAGCUCAGCUGGUGGAGGCGGAGGCGCUCGUGGCUCUGCAGGCAGACAGCGUGCAGCACGCCGUGCUGGUCGGCGACCCUCGGCAGCUUCCCGCUACCAUCAUGAGCAAGGUGGCAGAAGCGGGUCAGUACAACCGCAGCCUAUUCGAGCGCCUGCAAGGCAACGGGUGGGCGGUGCAGCUGCUGAGCGUGCAGUACCGCAUGCACCCCGCCAUCAGCGCCUUCCCCUCGCGCUGCUUCUACCGCGGCAGCAUCCAGAAUGGCGCCAACGUGUGCCGCCCGCAGCACAGCCCGAAGCUCCUGCAGCCGCUGUUUGGCGCGUACAGGUUCUUUCACGUGAAGGGCAGGGAGGAGCGGGAGGGCAGGGCUAUGGAGGGAAGCAGUCGCAGCAUUGGCAACUCUGUGGAAGCUGCUCUCGUCCUCACCCUCCUGCAUCGCCUUGCUCUCGCAUGCAGAGGGGCAGCGGCGCACACGCAGGGAGCCACGGGGCUCAAGGUGGGGGUGAUCUCGCCGUACAAGCGGCAGGUGGAGGCGCUGCAGGGCGCGGUGCAGGCGAGGGAGGGGGCGUGGAGGCAGCUGCUGGUGGAGGCAGGUACUGUGGACGGGUUCCAAGGGAGGGAGUGUGACGUCAUCAUCCUCAGCACCGUGCGCUGCAACACGCUCGAUUGGAUUCGUUGCCGACCCCCGACGUUCACGCUUUGGAUGAGAGAAGGGAAAUCGAUUGUUUAUUGGUCCCUUCUGUCCGCCCUCUGCCAUUUCCUGUAA